AGUACAAAUUGGGGUGCCAGGGGCACCACGAAGCUUCUGGGAGUUCCUGCUGCAGGACCUGGUGGUUCUCUGGGGGUGGGAAGCACCAUAAAUUCCCAAGAUGACGGACCAGCAGGCAGAAGCCCGUGCCUUCCUCAGCGAGGAGAUGAUUGCGGAGUUCAAAGCCGCCUUCGACAUGUUUGAUGCUGAUGGCGGUGGAGACAUCAGCACCAAGGAGCUGGGGACGGUGAUGAGAAUGCUGGGCCAGAACCCCACCAAAGAGGAGUUGGAUGCCAUCAUUGAGGAGGUGGACGAGGAUGGCAGCGGCACCAUCGACUUCGAGGAGUUCUUGGUCAUGAUGGUGCGCCAGAUGAAAGAGGAUGCCAAAGGCAAGUCUGAGGAGGAGCUGGCCAACUGCUUCCGCAUUUUUGACCGGAAUGCGGAUGGGUUCAUUGAUAUUGAGGAGCUGGGUGAGAUCCUGAGAGCCACUGGGGAGCCUGUCACUGAUGACGACAUAGAGGACAUGAUGAAGGACUCAGACAAGAACAAUGACGGUCGCAUCGACUUUGAUGAGUUCCUGAAGAUGAUGGAGGGUGUGCAGUAAGGGACCAGACAUUCCUAGGGCCAGCUGCUGCACCGAGCCCUGCUCCCCUGCUGUCCAGGGAACAGCAGCUCCACAGCAUCUGGCCCUCAGCGCUGGCUGGGACCUUGCUCCGUGCCAGGAUCCCGGUCUCAUCUCACCACCGGCGGCUGAGCUUUUCCUCCCAUCUGUCACCUGUGGCUUUGAUUCAAGCCUCAAUUAAAGAGGAAAGGCUUGA